UAUUAUGCUGAUGGCGAGGACGCUUAUGCCAUGAAGCGCUGCUUGGUGCAGUUUGCCACGGAAAAUAAUAUUGAACCAGCUGAUAGAGAAUCGUUCUUCGCCGUAAAAUCGAAUGAGGAUAAAAAGAAGAAUAGACAAUGA